UCGCUGGGCUCAGGCCCGGCAGCAGGAAGUGACUCGCAGCCGCUGCGGGGACUCUGGCUCCAGGCUCCUGGCGAGAUCCCCGAGCCCCGGCGGCUGGUGCUGGGAGCCCGGAGCCCGGGCUGCAGCCGGGAGAGGGGAAUCUCCAGCAGGGCCCUUCCCGCUGCUCCCCAGGAGCCUCUCCCAGGGCAGAGCCCCCAGCCCGGCCAGGCCCCUUCCCGGCCCGGCCCCUGCCCCAGGGGGCCCCGCUCGGAGGGAAGGCUGAAGAAUCACAUCCACCUUUUGCCUCACAUGGGUCUCUCUUCCAUGAGACAGGGAACGGAAAUGUCUGUGAUGGAGCCAGCUCAGAUGCUGGUGACCUUCGAGGAGGUGGCUGUGUAUUUCACCCAGGGGCAGGGGGCUCUGCUGGACCCCGCUCAGAGAGCCCUCUACAGGGAUGUCAUGCAGGAGAACUACGAGACGGUGACCUCGCUGGGAUUCCCCUUUCCCAAACCUGAGCUGAUUGCCCGGCUGGAACGAGGGGAAGAGCCGUGGGUGUCCGAUCUCCAGGACUGCAAGGAAAGAAGGCUUCCGAGAUACACCCGUACAGCAGAUGCUGAGCGAGGGAGUGAGAAUGAGGAGGGGAAUCAUUAUGAGGAAGUUCCCGGGGAAGUGGAACUGCAGGGAACCUUUGUGGGAAGAGCUGAAGGGAAUUUUUCCCAGUGCUUGGAGCAGGAAAAGGCCUGGGGAAACUGGCAGAGGUCAGAGAGGCUUCUGGAAAACCACCGAGGGAAGAGAGUGGAUGAAUCUAUUAAUGUCGGGGAAGGAGACAAGGAUCCCAGAGCACAGCAGACAAAUCCCAAGGAAGAGACACCCGGGCACUACCCUCAGUGUGGGAAAGAAUUCAAUGUGAGAUCACAGCUUGUGACACAUCAGAAAAUCUGUGCUGGAGAGAAACCCUUUCAAUGCUUGGACGAUGGGAAAAGCUUCAAUGAGCUCUCAGAUCUUAAUAACCAUGGCAGCAGCCACACUGGAGAGAAAACCUGUCAAUCCCUUAAGGGUGGGAAAUGUUUUAUUUCGAAGACACAAAUAAUUAGACAUCAGGCAAUCCACACAGGAGAGAGACCCCACAAGUGCUUGGACUGUGGGAAAGGUUUCAUAAGAAGGUCACACCUAGUUCAUCAUCAGGCAUUACACACAGGAUCGAGACCCCACAAGUGCUUGGACUGUGGGAAAAGUUUCAUAGAAAGGUCAGACCUUGCUCAACAUCAGGCAAUCCACACAGGAGAAAGGCCCCACAAGUGCUUGGACUGUGGUAAAAGUUACAUAAGAAAGUCAAACCUUGUUAAACAUCAGGCAUUCCACACAGGAGCGAGACCCCAUAAGUGCUUGGACUGUGGGAAAAGUUUCAUGGAGAGGUCGAACCUUGUUCAACAUCAGGCAAUCCACACAGGAGCGAGACCCCACAAGUGUUUGGACUGUGGGAAAAGUUUCAUGCAAAGGUCAGACCAUGUUAGACAUCAGGCAAUCCACACAGGAGAGAGACCCCACACAUGCUUGGACUGUGGGAAAAGUUUCAUAAGAAGGUCACACCUAGUUCGUCAUCAGGCAAUCCACACAGGAGAGAGACCCCACAAGUGCUUGGAUUGUGGGAAAAGGUUCAUAAGAAGGUCACACCUUGUUAAACAUCAGGCAUUACACACAGGAGUGAGACCCCAUAAGUGCUUGGACUGUGGGAAAAGUUUCAUACAAAGGUCAGACCUUGUUCAACAUCAGGCAAUCCACACAGGAGAAAGACCCCACAAGUGCUUGAACUGUGGGAAAAGCUUUGUACAGAGGUCACACCUAGUUCGCCAUCAGGCAAUCCACACAGGAGAAAGACCCCACAAGUGCUUGAACUGUGGGAAAAGCUUUGUACAGAGGUCACACCUAGUUCACCAUCAUGCAAUCCACACAGGAGAAAGACCCCACAAGUGCUUGGACUGUGAGAAAAGUUUCAUAGAAAGGUCAGACCUUGCUCAACAUCAGGCAAUCCACACAGGAGAAAGGCCCCACAAGUGCUUGGACUGUGGGAAAUGUUUCAUACAGAGGUCACACCUAGUUCGCCAUCAGGCAUUACACACAGGAUCGAGACCCCAUAUGUGCUUGGACUGUGAGAAAAGUUUCAUAGAAAGGUCAGACCUUGCUCAACAUCAGGCAAUCCACACAGGAGAAAGGCCCCACAAGUGCUUGGACUGUGAGAAAAGUUUCAUACAAAUGUCAAACCUUGUCCAACAUCAGGCAGUCCACACAGGAGAAAGACCCCACAAGUGCUUGGACUGUGGGAAAAGUUUUAUAAGAAGGUCACACCUUGUUAAACAUCAGGCAUUCCACACAGGAGAGAGACCCCAUAUGUGCUUGGACUGUGGGAAAAGUUUCAUACAAAGGUCAGACCUUGUUCAACAUCAGGCAAUCCACACAGGAGAGAGACCCCCACAAGUGCUUUGACUGUGGGAAAAGUUUCAUACAAAGGUCAGACCUUGUUAAUCAUCAGGCAUUACACACAGGAGAAAGACCUCACAAGUGGUUGGGCUGUGGGAAAAGUUUCAUAUGGACCUCUGUCCUCAUUAAGCAUGGAAGAAUCCACAUCGAUCUAGACUUCUUUGACACAUGGCAAAGAAGGGUUAAGCAACUUACAUGUAAUUGAUUCAGGGUCAAAAUUAUAGAGAGAUUUUAAAAGUGUGUCCACUUUAGAUAAGCUAGAGUUUGAAAUGUAAAUGUGUAUUUUUAAAGACUUGGAAGAAGAGGGCAAGUCACGUAUGAGUAACCUAAUUGCCGUCUAUGAUGAGAUAACUGGCUCUGUCGAAAAGGAAAAGUAGUGGAUGUGUUAUUCCUGAAUUUUAGCAAAGCUUUUGAUAUGAUCUCCUACAAUAUACUUGCCAGCAUGUUAAAGAAGUAUAGGCUGGAUGAAUGGACUAUAAGGUGGGUGGAAUGCUGGCUAGAUGACUGGCUCAAGGGGUAGUGAUGAAUGGCUCCAUGUCUAGUUGGCAGCUGGUAUCAAGCAGAGUGCCCCAGGGGUCAGUCCUGAGUCCGGUUUUGUUCAGUAUCUUCAUUAAUGAUUUGGAGGAUGAGGUGGACUGCACCCUCAGCAAGUUUGCAGAUGACACUAAACUGGGAGGAGUGGUAGAUACGCUGGAGGGUAGGGAUAGGAUACAGAGGGACGAAGACAAAUUAGAGGAUUGGGCCAAAAUAAAUCUGUAGAGGUUCAACAAGGAUAAGUGCAGAUUCAUGCUCUUAGGAUGAAAGAAUCUCAUUCACUGCUACAGACUAGGGACUGAAGCACCCAGCAGCUGUUCUGCAAAAAAGGACCUGGGGUUACAGUGGAUGAGAAGUGGAUAUAAGUCAACAGUGUCCCCUUGUUGCCAAGAAAGCUAACGUCAUUUUGGGCUGUACAAGUAGGGGCAUUGCCAGCAGAUCGAGGGACAUAAUCAUUCCACUCUAUUCAAAAUUGGUGAGGCCUCAUCUGUAACAUUGUGUUCAGUUUGUGGCCCCACACUAUAAGAAGGAUGUGGAAAAAUUGGAAAAAGUCCAGUGGAGGGCAACAAAAAUGAUUAGGGGGCUGGAGCACAUGACUUAGGAGGAGAGGCUGAGAGAACGGGGUUUGUUUAGACUAUAGAAGAGAAGAAUGAUGGGGUAUUUGGUAGCUGCUUUCAACUACCUGAAAGGGGGUUCCAAAGAGCAUGGACCUAGACUGUUCUCAGUGGUACCAGAUGACAGAACAAGGAGUAAUGGUCUCCAGUUGCAGUUGGGAAAGUUUAGGUUGGAUAUUAGGAAAAACUUUUUCACUAGGAGGGUGGUGAUGCACUGUAAUGGGUUACCUAGGGAGGUGGUGGAAUCUCCUUUCUUAGAGGUUUUUAAGGUCAGGCUUGACAAAGCCCUGUCUGGGAUGAUUUAUUUGGGGAUUGGUCAUUCUUUAAGCAGGGGGUUGGACUAGAUGACCUCCUGAGGUCUCUUCCAACCCUGAUAUUCUAUGAUUCUAAGAGGGGUAAGUGUAGUAGUCUCUAUUUAGCUAUCCAAAGUGUUCCUGUAUUCUGUUAAUUCAUGGAUUAAUAAUUCAGUGAUUAUACCUGUCGCCCAUGCCACCUGCCCAAUUCCAGCUCAAUCUCAUUGAAUUCGCUCGGGGUAGGGGCUGAAGGAUGGAGGGAAUGUUUAUAGCUGAAAUUAUCAAAAUGUGUUUUGAAAGGCUAAUGUUAAUCGGAUCUGUUCUGCUCUCCUUCUCGGACAUUUUCUCUGGGGAUCCCGGAGGCAGAAAGGAGCAGGUGUUACCAUCUUGGCUACCAAUCCCCACGGUGACUCUAUGCACUAGUAAUUCUCCAAGUGUGGGUAGAGCUCCCAAAGUAGGCACAGGAAUGUGUCAAGGGAGGCGUGAUCAGUGUGGGUUGUUUGGGGUUUUUUUAAAGAGCACUGGCUGUCAGCCCCAGUUGGCUGCGGCUCAUGAAGAAGGAACAGGCCUAGCUGGGAGUUGUGGAUCAAUGCUCAGGCUCUCAAACCCAGGUGGAGCAGCAGCACAGAAGUCGGGGUGGCAAUGGGGUGAUAAGUCUGCUGUGAACAGCGAUAUUGACGAAUAUCACUUUUCACGUGGCCACCCUAACUUCUGUGCUGCUAUUGGAGACCUUCAGAGCUGUGCACAUCGCCAGCGACUACUCUGCCUUUAGAGCUGGGUGGUGAGAUAUGUUCUUUUAAGGGUGGGGGCCUAUAUAACCACAGACACAAAGAAGGGAAGGGAAAUGAAACACAUCUGAGAACCACUGGUCUACACUCUUAUGGGCACCACUGUGUCGAACUGGGACUGUUCUUACUGUGGUCUGUGAAUGCUGACAGGGGAGUGUGGCUAAGAUAGUCUGCAUUGGGGGAUGGUAGACUGCCCGGAGGGAAUACCUGAGCGUGUAACAUUAGAACCCAGGAAGGGGUUGGAGGCCAGGUGACACCUUGGCCCGGGAAACUGAACAAAGGCUGUGGGAGGGGUCGCUGAAGGCAGAGUGCUGGAAGCGGGCUGGAGAGAUGGCUGGGAGGCAGAGAUGGCUCUGACCCCCCAAAGGGGGGUGGGCUGGGAUGCCCUGGGACCCUAAGCUGGACCUAACUGAGGGGGGCCCUGUUGUCUGUGCCUGCAAGACCUGUCUUGGACUGUAUUCCUGUCAUCCAAAUAAACCUUCUGCUUUACUGGCUGGCUGAGAGUCAUGGUGAAUCGCAGGAAGCCGGGGGUGCAGGGCCCUGAGUCCCCCAAUACUCCGUGACAACCACGUUUACAAAAUGAUAAAUCUUUUCCAAAGUAUGUUUUGUGACGUAUCAUAGGAAAAGUCAUCGCCUGCUGAAUAUUAGUGUCCCAUUAAUAUAUGUCUAUCAGCACUGUCCAUGGAGCUCUGAGAGUUUGCUGUGUGUUUGUUAGAUGCUGUAAAGCAGGAAAACGGCCACAGAUGAGCUCCACAGAGACAAUGGCACCUGCACACCAGCUAAAUGCUAACUGGCCAGUAUUUGCUUAGGGUAUGUCUACACUAUGAAAUUAGGUCGAAUUUAUAGAAGGCGGUUUUAUAGAAAUCAUUUUCAUACAGUCGAUUGUGUGUGUCCCUACAUAAAAUGCUCUAAGUGCAUUAAGUCGGCGGACCACAUCCACAGUACCGAGACUACCGAGUCUUGCGUCGACUUCUGGCGGAUUGCACUGUGGGUAGCUAUCCCACAGUUCCCGCAGUCUCUGCCUCGCAUUGGAAUUCUGGGUUGAGAUCCCAGUGCCUGAUGAUGGAAAAACAGUGUCGCGGGGGGGUUCGGGUACAUGUGGUCAGGCACCUCCCCCUCCGUCAGAGCAACAGCAGACUAUCAAUUUGCUCCUUUUUACCUGGAUUACCUGUGAAGACGACUUACCACGGCAGCGUGGAGCCUGCUCAGCUCAGCUCACCAUCACCAUGUGUCAUCUGGGUGCUGGCAGACGUGGUACUGCAUUGCUGCACAGCAGCAGCUAAUUGCCUUUUGGCAGUAGACGGUGCAGUAUGACUGGUAGCUGUCAUCGGCUAUCUGAGUGCUGAUAGACGUGGGGCUGCAUUGCUAUACAGCAGCAGCUCCUUGCCUUUUGGCAGCUGAUGGUGUAUUACAACUGAUAUUCAUCGUCGUCAUACUCCUCAGUGAGUUCGGUCAGAGGUGCCUGGGCAGACAUGUUUUGUCUCCUGGAGACUCAGUCCUGCCGGCAGUCCUAUUGCACCGUCCUGACGAUCAUGGCUGCCAGUCGUAGUACAGCAUCUUCUGCCAAGCACCCAGACGAUGCCAGCAGCUAUCAGUCAUGCUGCACCAUCUGCUGCCAGCCUAAGAUGUAAAAGAUAGAUGGAGUGGAUGCAAACAGUAAAUGGACCAGAUUUGUUCUGUAUUCAUUUGCUUCCCCCUCCCUCCAUGAAAUCCACGGUCUGCUAAACCCAGGGUUUUGAGUUCAAUCUGGGGGGGGGGGCAUUCUGUGUGACAGUUGUUAUUGUUUCUUCCUGAUGCACAGCCACCCUUGUUGAUUUUAAUUACCUGUAAGCCACGUCCUCACUUGCCCCUCCCUUCCUCCUUCCCUCCAUCAGACAAUAGUUUUGCGCCUUUUUUCAAGCCCAGACACCAUAGCACUGGGAUCAUGGAGCCCGCUCAGAUCACCGUGGCAAUUAUGAGCACUAUGAACACCACGUGCAUUGUCUUGUAGUAUAUGCAGAGCCAGAACAUGCCAAAGCAAAACCAGGUGAAAAGGCGAUUGCAGCGCGGCAACGAGAAUGAUGAAGAAAUUGACAUGGACAUAGACCUCCCCAGCAAUGUGUAAAUCAUGGUGUUACUGGGCCAGGUUGAUGUUGUGGAACGCCGAUUCUGGGCUCGGGAAACAAGCACAGACUGGUGGAACCGCAAAGUGUUGCAGGUGUGGGACGAUUCCCAGUGGCUGCGAAACUUUCACAUGCGUAAGGGCACUUCCAUGGAACUUUGUGACUUGCUUUCCCUUGCCCUGAACCACCAUAAUACCAGGAUGAGAGCAGCGCUCACAGUUGAGAAGCGAGUGGCGAUAGCCCUGUGGAAGCUUGCAACGCCAGACAGCUACCGGUCAGUCGGGAAUCAAUUUGGAGUGAGCAAAUCUACUGUGGUGGCUGCUGUGAUCCAAGUAGCCAAUGCAAUCAUAAACCUGCUGAUAUCAAGGGUAGUGACACUGGGAAACGUGCAGGUCAUAGUGGAUGGCUUUGCUGCAAUGGGCUUCCCAAACUGUGGUGGGGUGAUAGACGGAACCCAUAUACCUAUCUUGGCACCGGAGCACCAAGCCACCGAGUACAUAAACUGCAAGGGGUACUUUUCCAGGUGUGGCAAGCCAUGGAGGAUCACAAGGGACGAUUCACUAACAUCAACGUGGAGCGGCCGGGAAAGGUACAUGAUGCACGUGUAUUCAGGAACUCUGGUCUGUUUCAAAAGCUGGAGGAAGGGACUUUCUUCCCGGACCAGAAAAUAACCGUUGGGGAUGUUGAAAUGCCUAUAGUUAUCCUUGGGAACCCAGCCUACCCCUUAAUGCCAUGGCUCAUGAAGCCGUACACAGGCAGCCUGGACAGUAGUCAGGACCUGUUCAAUUAUAGGCUAAGCAAGUGCACAAUGGUGGUAGAAUGAGUAUUUGGAUGUUUAAAAGCGCGCUGGCGCAGCUUACUGACUCAGACCUCAGCAAAACCAAUAUUCCAAUUGUUAUUGCUGCUUCCUGUGCGCACCACAAUAUCUUUGAGAGUAAGGGGGAGACACUUAUGGCGGGGUGGGAGGUUGAGGCAAAUCACCUGGCCACUGAUUACGUGCAGCCAGACACCAGGGCGGUUAGAAGAGUACAGCAGGGUGUGGUGCGCAUCAGAGAAGCUUUGAAAACCAGUUUUGUUACUGGCCAGGCUACUGUGUGAAACUUCCAUUUGUUUCUCCUUGAUGAACCCCCCCGCCACCCGUUUCACUCUACUUCCCUGUAAGCUAACAACCCUCCCCUCCCCCCUUCGAGCACCGCUUGCAGAGGCAAUAAAGUCAUUGUUACUUCA